UGAUUUACAUUUAUUUUAUGUUUUUCCUGUUACUCAAAAGGAUUUUUGUGAAAAAGGAGAUAUUAUUAUACCUAAUACAGAAGAUUUAAUUUGGAUGAAUCAGGGGAAGGCCGCAACAUCUGGUACGCCUAUGCUUUGCAAAUCUCAUUUAAAAAUACAAAUGGAAGAUGAUCCAGAAGAUUUGGUAUUUGAAGAGGGAAUGACUGACACUCCAAAUGCUAAUUAUUACCAUGAUAGUAACCUAGAAGUACAAUUUGAAAGAGAUGUUUUUGCUGGAGCGGAGAGGGCGAGGUUUUACUACGAGGUUACUGUAGUACGCGAAAAUCAACUCAAGACGGGCGCUGGUAAUUAUUUUUUUACCAUUUUGAAAUUUCUGUCUCUAGUUGACAUUUUGAAAUUUUUGGCUUUAUUGACAUUUUGA